AUGGGCUCGCAUGUGGUUCAGACUCUACGGCAGGGGGUGUGGGCUUCGCUUACAGGCGGAUGGUAUCACGACCCGGACCAGAAUAAAUUCAAUAACUCAUGUCACCUCUAUCUGUGGAUGUUUCUUCUCAUGCUUCCUCUUUCCCUGCAUUUGGCCCUCCCACCAACCUGCAUGGCACUUAGCAUCUACUGCACCUCCGUGACCGUCUUCUUCAUCACCAUCAAGGCGGUGAACUACCGGCUCCACCUCAUGUUCGACAGGGGCGACAUCGUGGCAGCCCAGAACAGCGUGUCUGACGACAACAAAGGUGAUGAAAAGAAGAGCAACGCCUCUGACCCCUGCCUCCCCGCAAACUUGAGAAAAAGCAGCACCGCCCCAGACAACGUUGCCAUGACUGUAUUGACCAGAAACCGUCUCAGUCCCAUCAUACAAGUGACUGUGAAACAGACUGACACAGACAGUGGCUUGAUUGGUAUGGACUGCCCCAGAGCGGAGGAGUUAAGGAGUGCAGAAGGUAAGCGACGCCAGGAGGGUGUGGAGGAGAAGGAGGAGGUGGAGGAGGUGGAGGAUGUGGAGGAGGAGUGCCCCCAGGACAUGUCCAGCCCCAACCCAGACCAGGCCGCCCCUCUCCUGGAGCAGGAGCAGAGGCCUCCCCCUGACAGAGAUCAGGCCGCAGACCAGGCCCAGGAUGAGGACGAGGAGGAUGAGGACGAAGAUGAGGACGAGGACCCUCCCACCUCGAAAGACAGUGCCCUCCAGAGCCCAGACGAGGAGAGCGAGGCAGAGCCAAAGGAGAAGCCGUCAAUGGACCCCAACAACAAUGCACAGAGUGAAGAAGGGGACAGUGGUGGUGAGCCUUCCCUGGACGACGGCCUGGCCUCUCCCGACCAGCCGCUGCCCCCCGAGGAGGUCUACUGCUCCGACGAGAUCGCCGUGAUGCUGGUGGACAACUCCGGAGCAGCGGGGGUGGGGAUGGGGGUGGGGGUGGGCCGCCUGGACGAUCGCGACACGGUGAAGAUCAUCAUCACCAUGAGCUGCGACGUGCAGACCGCCGCCGAGCUGGAGGAGUCGGUGAAGCAGAGCCUCCUGGAGUCCGCGCAGGCGCAGAUGGCCAGCAGGGAGGCGGCGGGUCUGGGGGGGCACCACGGCGAGGGGAGGGGGGGCGACUGCAUGAUCCGCAUCCCCGUCAUCACCUUCGACUCGCCCCUGGAGGACGAGUACCACGAGGCCAUCGUGGAGGGGGGAGACGAGGAGGAGGAGGAGGAGGAGGAAGAACACACGCCAGCUGCGGAGGACGAGCUCGGCAUAGACCAACCACACACGCAACAUCUCGAGCUCAGCCAAUCCAAAGAGCCAAUCAGCUCUGACUCAGCCAUGCUGGACAGCGACGCCGUACAGGGUGGCGAGCUGGACGACCCGGAAGUGGAACACGGCAGCCUGGUGCUGACCAACGACAACAGCAGCUCGGGGAUCGACGUACACUCGCACCCGGAGCCGGACGAGAACGAGGCCCCGGAGCUCCGGAUGGACGCGGCCGGGUUCCUGCAGAUCCCCGCGGGCUACGGCGGCCGGUGCAUGCCGGCCCCGGGAGGAGGAGGAGGAGGAGGAGGAGGUGGCAGGAUACACGCUCGAGGCCUCAGCAUCGACAGCGGCAGGGACGCCAUGCUCAUCGCCGAGUCCAAGUCCAGGGGCCGGGCGCAGACCAUGACCACGUCCAAGUCGGACCUGGAGGCCAAGGAGGGCCAGAUCCCCAACGAGUCCAGCUUCCUGGAGUUCGCCUCGCUGCUGGAGUCCAUCAACAGCACCCGGACGCCCGGCGGAGCGCAACCGGAGGAGGAGGAGGAGGCCGAACACACGGACGACAAAGAGGAGGAUGAAGACGAUACUAUGGUUACGGUGAAAAACGAUGAGGAGUCGGAGACGCCGAGCCAUCGUCCAGACAGGCCGAAUCCUCCCAACAGCCUGGCCACAGACACCCCCCUUGCUGUUCCAGAGAGGCUGAUACCCAUCGUUUCACCCGACAGUCCCCAGACAGACAAAGAUAAGGACCCAGAUUACGACUCGCUGCCAUCCCAGACGUCUCAAUCGGAGAGCUCCAUGCUCCAAGUCAUCUGCAGGCCCGAGGCAACCUCCAAAGAGGAGGCCUACACCUUCCACACCGUCCACAGAGACAGACCCAGGAAGCUCUACAACGAGAGAGCCUUGAACUUACCCCUUGGAGCUGAGCUGAUAACUGGCAACAUGUGUGAUCUCCUGUCCACGUCCUCCAACUCGGAGUGCCAGGACGGUUUAGCAGGAGGACAUGCUGACUGUCCAUUCCAGCGGCGCAUCGUCGCCGGCCACAGGCUGCGCCCAAGGAGAACACACCCAGAAAUCUUCCAGGAAGAAGAUUCCCUGGAUGAGUCAUCAGACACAUCAACACAAGAGAAACCAUCUGGAAAGCUCUACUACAAGCUGAAGAUCUUUCCAGGGAAGUGGAUCAACAUCCUAUACGAUCGGCUGGCAUUACUCGCCCUGUUUGACAGGAAUCAAGAUGUGGUGGAAAACAUGGUGGCUGUGUUUCUGGCUUUCCUGGUGUCUUUCCUGGGAUUCGUCUUGCUUAACCACGGUUGCUUCAAAGACAUUUGGGUGUUCCAGUUCUGCCUUGUCAUUGCGAGCUGUCACUAUUCCCUUUUGAAGAGCGUCCAACCUGAUGCCGCUUCACCAACCCAUGGGCACAAUCAACUCGUUGCCUACAGUCGAGCGGCGUACUUCUGCAUUUUCUGUGGCCUUAUUUGGAUCUUGGAGCUGAUACUACAGCAGUCGGACCUGCCUGUGUCCCGCGUGUAUGGCAUGAACAUUGUCUUGUCUGAUGCCCUCCGUUUUGUCCGAGACGUUUUAGUCGGAUUCACACACUGUUUCCCAUUCACGUUCCUGCUCGGCCUUCUUCCGCAGAUAAAUACAUUUGUCAUAUACUUCCUGGAGCAGAUCGAUAUUCAUUUCUUUGGAGGGACAGCUGCCACUGGGCUGGUGUCGGCGGUGUACAGCAUCACCAGGAGUCUGAUGGCUGUCGUGUUACUCUAUGGUUUCUGCCUCGGAGCGCUGAAGGAGCCGUGGGAUGAGCAGCACAUCCCAGCCCUGUUCUCUGGCUUCUGUGGUCUGCUCGUGGUCUUCUCCUAUCACCUCAGCAGACAAAGCAGUGACCCCUCCGUGCUCAUGUCUCUAAUCAGGUCCAAGCUGGUCCAUGUCCUGGGUGGGAAUGAGGCAGAGGACGAGGCCAGCUCUGAGAACACAGACCCCCUGCCAGACAAGCUGCGAGACUCAGUGAAAGAAAUCAUCAUAUCGGACUUGUUCGUGUGCACGCUGGCAUCAGUGCUGACCUUUGCCAUCACUGCCAGCACUGUUUUCCUGUCCCUCAGGCCCUUCGUGACCAUCGUGCUGUAUGCUCUGGCUGGAGUGGUUGGCUUCGUGACCCACUACCUCAUCCCCCAGCUGAGGAAGCACCACCCCUGGCUGUGGAUCGCUCAUCCUGUGCUCAAGAGCCGGGAGUACUCCCAGUUUGAGCCUCGAGAGGACGCCCAUCUGAUGUGGUACGAGCGACUGUACAUCGGACUGCUCUCCUUCGAGAAGUACGUUGUCUACCCUGCAAUCGUGCUCAGUGCCCUGACUAAUGACGGCUUCGCUCUCAGUCAUCACAAGAGACUGGGCAUCCACUUUGAUGUCUUGUUGAUGACAGUUGCUGGGAUGAAGCUCCUCCGCACUUGCUUCUGCAAUCCCAGCUACCAGUUCCUUACCCUCGUCUUCACAGUGGUCUUCUUCGAGUUCGACUGCAGCAAGGCGUCCGAGACCUUCCUGCUCAACUUCUUCCUCAUGACCAUCAUCUUCCACAAGCUCUGGGACCUGCUCCAUAAGCUCCACUUCAUCAUGGUCUACAUCGCGCCGUGGCAGAUCGCAUGGGGAAGUGCUUUUCACGCCUUCGCUCAGCCUUUUGCAGUGCCUCACUCUGCCAUGCUGCUGUUGCAGACGCUGCUCACCACCCUCUUCUACACGCCCCUCAGCCCCUUCCUGGGCAGCGCCAUCUUCAUCACCUCAUACCCACGACCCAUCAAGUUCUGGGAGAGGAAUUACAACACCAAACGCAUAGACAAUUCCAACAGCAGACUGGUCUCUCAGGUGGACAAGGAAACAGGCUGUGACGAUAACAACCUGAACUCCAUCUUCUACGAGUACCUGACGCGCUCGCUGCAGCACUCGCUGUGCGGCGACCUGAUGCUGGGUCGCUGGGGCAACUACAGCUCUGGCGACUGCUUCAUCCUGGCCUCCGACUACCUCAACGCCUUCGUGCACCUCAUCGAGAUCGGCAACGGCCUCGUCACCUUCCAGCUGCGCGGCCUGGAGUUCAGGGGCACGUACUGCCAGCAGCGCGAGGUGGAGGCCAUCACGGAGGGAGUGGAGGAGGACGAGGCGUGCUGCUGCUGCGAGCCGGGCCACCUGCCCCACGUGCUGUCCUGCAACGCGGCCUUCAGCCUGCGCUGGCUGGCCUGGGAGGUCACCACCACCAAGUACCUGCUGGAGGGCUACAGCAUCAGCGAGAACAACGCCGCCACCAUGCUGCAGGUGUACGACCUGCGCAAGCUGCUCAUCACCUACUACCUGAAGAGCAUCAUCUACUUCCUGGUCCACUCCCCCAAGCUGCAGACGUGGCUGAAGGAUGCGGUGAUGAUGGAGGCGCUGCUGCCCUACACCAAGUGGCACCACAUCGAGCGCGACCCGGCCGUCUUCAGCGUGAAGAUCGAUGAGGACUACGUCCACUGCCUCCAGGGCGUCACCAGGGCCAGCUUCUGCAACGUCUACCUGGAGUGGAUACAGUUCUGCGCCGGCAAGCGGGAAGAGCCUGUGGAGUGUGAUGAGGACUCGUCGCUGGUGACUCUGUGUUUUGCCCUGUCGGUGUUGGGACGGAGGUCUCUAGGAACAGCUUCCCACAACAUGUCAAACAGCCUGGAGUCCUUCUUGUAUGGGUUCAACACCCUGUUCAAGGGUGACUUCCGCAUCUCCAGUAAAGAUGAGUGGGUGUUUGCAGACAUGGACCUGCUGCAGAAGGUGGUGGCGCCAGGAGUGAGGAUGAGCCUGAAACUCCAUCAGGACCACUUCACGUGCCUGGAGGAGACGGAGGAGCCGUCCAUCCUGUACGAGGCCAUCACCGGCUACCGCAGCAGCCUGGUCAUCUGCCACGAGAGCGACCCCGCCUGGCGCAAGGCGGUACUGUCCAGCCGCAACACGCUGCUCACGCUGCGCCACAUGGUGGACGACGGCACCGAUGAGUACAAGAUCAUCAUGCUGUACAAGCGGCACCUCAGCUUCAAGGUCAUCAAGAUCAACAAGGAGUGUGUGCGGGGGCUGUGGGCGGGCCAGCAGCAGGAGCUGGUCUUCCUGCGGAACCGGAACCCGGAACGCGGCAGCAUCCAGAACUCCAAGCAGGCGCUGCGCAACAUGAUCAACUCCUCCUGCGACCAGCCGCUGGGCUACCCCAUGUACGUCUCGCCCCUGACCACCUCCUACAUGGGCACGCACAAGCAGCUGCGCGCCAUCUGGGGCGGACCCAUCAGCAUCGACACCGUACGCGGCUGGCUCUGCACCAAGUGGCUACGGGUGCGCAAGGACAACUUGACGAGCUGUAACAGUGGGGUGAACAUGGAGGACGUAGACUGUGCCGGCUCUUCGCUCAGCCAGAACCACAACUCCAUCACGUCGCAGAGUCUCAGCGCUUACCAGUCUCGCCCACGCAGCUCACAGGCCAACCGACAGCACGCCACAGGUCGUCGCGAGUACCGCAGCAGGUCGGUGCAGCCCCAGGCCCAGCGUGCGGCGGCGGCGACCAGCCAAUCGGGCGGCCCCGUCCAGGACAGCCAGAGCCAGCAGGCCUCCACGGCCUCGGGCCUCAGCCUGGUGCAGCGCCUCUCACACAGCCAACUCUCCUUCAACACCUCCAUGGCCUCCAUCUUCUCACAGGUGCCUCGGCUCUCCACGGCUGGAGGAGGAGGAGGAGGGGGUAACCACCAUCGCUCGGGCCAGGUGUCAUCGUCCAGCUCGACGCUCAGUCUGCUGUUUGGCAAGCGCAGCUUCUCCAGUGGCCUGGUGAUCUCGGGGCUGUCGGCGGCCGAGGGCGGCAACACCACCGAGUCACAGUCCUCCAGCAGCAUGAACAUUGCCGCCAUGGGCCAAUCAGGACGCUCCACCAGCCGAGCCACGCAGUGGACGUCAGAUGCCUUCGAGAGCAUCGACGGGACGUACUCCAACGUCUACACCGGGGCCAAAGACAGCACGCCAACGCCGUCCAUCGACCGGAGCAGCACCCACGGCACGGACCGCAGCCAGGAUGCCUCCGCCAUGACCUCGGCCGUUCAGGACUUACACGAGCAGAAGGACGAAUGACUUUAAUAAAUGGGAUUUAGUUGAAGAAGGUAGGUCUGCACACUGCGGAAUAAGCUCCAAAAAAUAAAGUUUAUUAAAUGAAAACAGCAACGUUUCAAUCACCCUGGAUCUUCGUCAGGCAUCAGCGAUCUACCUUCUUCAACUGUCUGACACUUUUGUCUAGCACUUGCAACAAGUGACUUUGGAUGUGCGCACCCUACCCAAAACGACUGAAAUGGGAUUUACACGACCAGAAGAGAGUUUGAAACGGGACUUGCACGACCAGAAGAGCGUUUGAAAUGGCACCCCUGCCGAAAUCUCUUGUCACGCCAACAACACCAACACCACCAAAAGAAUCCACUUCUGCCUCACUUGCCCCAGGUCUCCACCAAAAACUUUCCAGCACGAUGGUUAUGAGUUUUCCCCCCCCGAGUUUCCUAAAUGUACAUGUGGACUGUGACUUUUUUUUAAAACAAGAAAAAAUACUGGUCUAUUAAAUUAAAAG